GGGCUAAGGCAGCCGGUCGCCUGGCCGCGAUUCGCUCUCGCCGGACUGGGAAAGCGGGCAAGCGGGUCUCGAGCGCUCAUCGGUUGCCAGCGGGACUCCGACUCCGCCGCCAUGCGCUCUUUACAAAGCUACCUGCUCCUGCUGGCGGCGCUGCCGGCUUGCCUGCCGGCUAGGCGGUCCCGGACCGUCUACUACACCAACCAUUGGGCCGUGCGGGUGCUGGGGGGCCCCGGCGAAGCGGACCGGUUGGCUUCGGUUUAUGGCUACCUGAACCUCGGGCAGGUUGGGAGCUUGGAAGACUAUUAUCAUUUCCAUCACAGCAAGACCAUUAAAAGAUCAACGUUCAGCAGCAGAGGUCCACACAACUUCCUCAGAAUGGAUCCAAAGGUAAAGUGGAUACAGCAGCAAGAGGUUAAAGCGAGGGUUAAAAGGCGAGUCCAUCGGAACCACCGUUUCGUUUCCUUCAAUGACCCAUCUUGGCCCGAAAUGUGGUACAUGCAUUGUGAAGACAACAACAGCGAAUGCAGGUCCGAAAUGAAUGUCCUGGGAGCUUGGCAAAGAGGAUACACGGGCAAAGGUGUCGUAGUGACUAUCCUUGAUGACGGCAUAGAGAGGAAUCACCCUGAUCUUAUACAGAACUAUGACCCCCAUGCAAGCUAUGAUGUCAAUGGAAAUGAUGAAGACCCAACUCCGCGCUAUGAUCCAAGCAAUGAAAAUAAGCAUGGCACCCGCUGUGCUGGCGAAGUGGCAGCAUCGGCAAACAAUUCCAACUGCAUUGUGGGUAUCGCAUACAAUGCGAGAAUUGGAGGCAUCCGAAUGUUAGAUGGUGAUGUGACUGAUGUGGUGGAAGCCAAGGCGAUCGGUGCCAAGCCAGAUUAUAUCCAUGUCUACAGCGCUAGUUGGGGUCCAGAUGACGAUGGCCGCACGGUGGAUGGACCUGGUCCUUUGGCCAAGCAAGCAUUUGAACAUGGCAUUAAAAAGGGUCGUAGAGGACGGGGUUCUAUUUUUGUCUGGGCUUCUGGAAACGGUGGCCGAGAAGGGGACCAUUGUUCCUGCGAUGGAUACACCAACAGCAUCUACACAGUCUCUGUUAGCAGCACCACCGAGAACGGGAACAAGCCAUGGUAUUUGGAGGAGUGCGCCUCUACCCUUGCCACAACAUACAGCAGUGGGGCCUUUUACGAGCGGCAGAUUGUGACCACCGAUCUGAAGAAGCAUUGCACAGAUGGCCACACAGGGACUUCCGUUUCUGCCCCCAUGGUAGCCGGAAUCAUUGCUCUAGCUUUGGAAGCCAACCCUUUGCUGACGUGGCGAGAUGUGCAACACUUGCUUGUGAAAACAUCCCGACCGGUUCAUCUCUUGGCUCCUGACUGGAAAACAAAUGGAGCUGGACGGCGAGUUAGCCAUUUGUAUGGAUUUGGCCUGGUAGAUGCAGAAUCUCUGGUUGUGGAAGCGAAGAGAUGGAAGACCGUUCCUGCCCAGCACAUCUGCGUGGGAACCUCAAAUAAGAAACCUUGGUUCAUCCCUGCCAAUAAAACAGUCCGGACUAUGACUCUAACCAGUGCCUGUGCUGACAACCCAGAGCAUCAUGUGGUCUAUUUGGAGCACGUUGCCGUACGGAUUUCCAUUGUGCAUCCUCGACGGGGAGAUCUACAAAUAUACCUAACUUCUCCUUCGGGAACCAAGUCCCAGUUGCUGGCGAGGCGACAGCAUGAUGAGUCUAAUGAAGGCUUCAAACACUGGGAAUUCAUGACUGUCCAUUGCUGGGGUGAAAGAGCAGCUGGUGAAUGGACCCUGGAGGUCCAGGAUAAACCCUAUCAUGUUCGCAACCCAGAUGUGCAAGGGAAGUUAAAAGAAUGGAGCCUCAUUUUAUACGGAACAGCUGAGCAUCCUUCCUCUAAUAUCAGCACUCAGCACUUUAGGUCAACAAUGCUGGACCUGCCAUCUUUGGAAAUGGAGCCUUCAAAAGUCGCUUUCUUCCAAAAUCAGAUGGAGAUCCCAGAGGAGGAAGAUGAAUAUACAGGUCUGUGUCAUAGGGAAUGUGGCGACCAAGGAUGCGAUGGUCCCAGUGCCGAUCAGUGCCUGAACUGUUUCCACUACAGCCUUGGAAGUGUUAAAACUGGCAGGAAGUGUGUGAACUCCUGCCCUCCUGGCUACUUUGGAGACAGCCUGCAACAUAAGUGCCGCAGAUGUCACAGGGGCUGCGAAGCGUGUUUGGGCAGAAGCCAGAACUCAUGCACAGCCUGCAAGCGUGGUUAUUAUCACCACCAAGAGACAAACACUUGUGUGAUGCUGUGUCCAGCUGGGUUUUACUCUGAAGACGGUCAAAGACGUUGCCAGAAGUGUCACCAAAACUGUAAGAAAUGCUUUGGAGAGAUGGACAAAUGUUCUAUCUGCAAAGAUGGAUUCAGCCUCAUAGACAACAACUGCGUUUCAGGAUGCCAGCAGGGCCUGUAUUUGAAGAAGGAACUUCUGCAAUGUGAGGGCUGCCAGUCGGACUGCAGGACAUGUACAGGGCCGAGCCAAGAAGAAUGUCUCCAAUGUGCCAAGAAGGUCCACGAGUGGAGGUGUGUCCCGACAUGUGGAGAAGGCUAUUAUCACGACGAGAGGCUUGGAUUACCGUUCAGAAUCUGCCGAAGGUGUGAAGAUAACUGCUUAAGUUGCGAUAGCUCUGGGAGAAACUGUUCCAGAUGUAAAGAAGGAUUUUACCUGCUGAGUGGCUCGUGCAUCGCUAGCGACAGAUGUCACAAUGGUGACGAGAUGUUCUGCGAGAUGGUGAAAUCCAACAAGUUAUGUGAACGCAAACCAUUUAUACAAUUUUGCUGUCGGACAUGCUUAUUGGCUGGCUAAGCCGGCAUUUAAUAUCUACCAUCUGGAACUCCUGAUGUGCCAGUUCCUUCCAGCAAAGUUUCCUUCUUUAUUUUUGUCUUUUCCACUCCUACUCACACCCUGGUCCUAACCUUCAUCUAGCCCAGCCUCGGCUUGCAACUCAGCUCCUUUUACCAUCGCCUGCAAGUUUGGUUCCUACAGUGUGUAGCCACUACAGGUCCCAGAUAGCGUGAUGGCUCUGCUUGCUGCACCUUGACCAAAAAACAAAUAAAUAAGAAGGCCAACGGCAACGUGACAUGUCUAGCCAGUGGAGACCCACACAGCCUCAGCUUCACUCAUGCUAACCAACUUGUCAUGUUUUGUGAAAGAAGGAUGCAGAUGUAGGUACUUCCUUUCUGCAUUUCCCACCCACCCCCCCAAAAAAGUGAAAGAGCGUGUCUUCCUUCUCCCUCCUAAACCUUUUAGAAUAAUUUACAGAUGCCUAGAAAUACCUGCCUUAGAUUUGCAUUCUCGCCACUGCGACGGUCAUGAUGGGAUACAAUUCGUUUCCACAAAGUUGUGCUGGAAAAUAAGGGGCGUUCCCCCGUUGUCUUUUGAUGGUCUUAGCUUGACGGUGACCAAAGAAGGAUUUCUGGAAUUGGCAGGGGACAUUGAUCACCCCUUAGCCUUCCCCUACCCUCUUUUUUUCUGGGCACUGGAUCUCAACUAUCAAGCCCUGCUAUAAAAGAUCAAGCCCUGCUAUAAAAGAUCUGGUGGAUUGCCUAUGACUCUGAUCGACUGGAUUUGAAGCCAUCUCUGAGAAAUAGCUGGUAACGUGCUAGACUACAGACGUAGCUGCGAUAUUCUCUCCUUGCCCAAAAUAGAUCUCUUGAGUUUUGACAGAUCGCUUUGCUUCUCUUACCAUAUCUCGCCAGCGCAACCUUCCUGAAAAAAAAAUAAA